CUGCGCCCCGCGCGCUCUGACGGCCUUCUCGCCCAAGGUCUGGCGCUUCUGUCGUGCCGGGAUCGGGCUCUCGCCGCCUCAGAUCUCCUCCACUAUGUUUUCCCUCCGACUCUGUGGUCGCCGGGUCGUGGGCUCCUUCGCCAAACCGCGCCUUUCGUUGGCUCGGCUCAGCGGAGGCAGCGGGGCGCCCAGGUCUCCGCACUUUGAUGUCGUUGUCAUCGGCGGAGGACACGCCGGGAGCGAGGCCGCCGCCGCUGCCGCGCGGUGUGGCUCCCGGACCCUGCUCCUCACGCACCGCGUGGACACCAUCGGUCAAAUGUCCUGUAAUCCUUCUUUUGGGGGCAUUGGAAAGGGGCAUUUAAUGAGGGAAGUUGAUGCCUUGGAUGGCCUCUGUUCUCGAAUCUGUGACCAGUCUGGUGUACACUACAAAGUAUUAAACCGGCGCAAGGGACCAGCUGUGUGGGGUCUAAGAGCUCAAAUUGAUAGGACACUGUAUAAACAGAACAUGCAGAAAGAAAUCCUGAAUACUCCACUGCUUACGAUUCAGGAGGGAGCUGUAGAAGAUCUUAUUCUUGUGGAACCAGAGCCUGGACACACAGGGAAAUGCCGUGUAAAUGGCGUUGUUUUGGCGGAUGGAAGCACGGUAUAUGCUGAGAGUGUGAUUCUGACGACUGGCACAUUUCUGAGAGGCAUGAUCAUUAUUGGAUUGGAAAGGACUCCGGCAGGACGGUUAGGAGACCAGCCUUCCAUAGGAUUGGCUCAAACCCUGGAGAAGUUGGGGUUUGUCGUAGGGAGAUUAAAGACUGGGACUCCACCCCGAAUUGCCAAAGAUUCCAUUAAUUUCGGCAUUCUGAACAAGCAGAUGCCAGACAACCCAUCCGUGCCUUUCAGCUUUCUCCAUGAGACAGUGUGGAUUAAGCCGGAAGAUCAGCUGCCAUGUUACCUGACUCACACCAAUGCUAAAGUGGAUGAGAUCGUCCUGGAGAAUCUUCACCUGAAUAGUCACAUUAGGGAAACUGCCAGAGGACCCCGAUACUGUCCUUCCAUUGAAUCAAAGGUUUUGCGUUUUCCAAACCGCGUGCAUCAGGUUUGGUUGGAGCCUGAAGGAAUGGAUUGCGACCUUAUCUACCCCCAAGGUUUAUCUGUAACACUACCAGUGGAGUUACAGGAGAAAAUGAUCACAUGCAUCAGAGGUUUGGAGAAAGCAAGGAUGGUUCAUCCAGGCUACGGUGUUCAGUACGAUUACUUUGACCCCCGGCAGAUCACUCCUUCCCUUGAGACUCAUUUGGUUCAACGCCUUUUUUUUGCUGGACAGAUAAAUGGCACCACUGGUUACGAGGAAGCUGCAGCUCAAGGUGUGAUAGCUGGAAUCAACGCUAGUCUUCGGGUCAGCCGCAAACCUCCCUUUGUCAUUAGCCGAACAGAAGGCUACAUAGGCGUAUUGAUCGAUGACCUCACCACCUUGGGCACCAAUGAGCCCUACCGCAUGUUUACCAGCCGGGUGGAGUUCCGGUUGUCUCUGCGCCCUGAUAACGCCGACAGCCGACUCACAUUACGAGGGUAUAAGGAAGCUGGCUGUGUGUCCCAACAGCGAUAUGAGAGGGCUUCUUGGAUGAAGUCGUUGUUAGAGGAAGGCAUUUCUGUGCUGAAAUCUAUUGAGUGUUCUAGUCCCAAAUGGAAAAAAUUAAUCCCAAGUGCUUCUAUGAGUGUUGAUAAAAGUCUGCCUCUUAGAGCUCUAGAUGUUUUGAAAUAUGAGGAAGUUGAUAUGGAGUUACUGGCGCAGGCUGUUCCAGAGCCCUUGAAGAAGUACACCGAAUGUAGAGAACUAGCCGAAAGACUGAAAAUAGAAGCCAUUUAUGAGUCAGCAUUGUUCCAUCAGCAACAAGAAAUAGAAGAAGUUCAGCGAGAUGAAGCUCUUCAGCUACCAAAAGAUUUAGAUUACUUGACGCUCAAGGAUAUAUCUUUAUCGGAUGAAGCUAGAGAGAAACUGCAUUUCAGUCGGCCACAGACGAUUGGGGCUGCUAGUCGUAUCCCUGGGGUGACACCUGCUGCCGUCAUCAAUCUGCUUAGAUUUGUGAAGAACACUCAGCGAGGACAAGCAACGACGAGUGAAGUCCUGCAGACGGGUCGGCACUUGCGUGAUACAGACCAGCUUCAAGAGAGAUUAUAGCUCUCUGUUCACGGGUGACUUUUUCAAAAGCUAAUUUAAUCAACCCUGGAGUAUAAUUAGGCGAUCAGAACUAUUUCAAACUUGUUAAAACAGCCUUGUCAUUAUUUUAUGAAGAGGACAUAGAUUAUCAUUGUUUGGGUGUUUUGUUAUUUUUAAAUAUCUGAAAAUACAAUUGUUCUCUUUAUUUGUACUGUUGCUUACAAGAGCUCUAAUGCACUAAGCCCACUUUUAUAACCUUGUGUAAUGUUCAUAUAAGAGUGGCAUUAAUAUAUGUAAAACUGAAGCUGUAGUUAAAAAAAUCUAGCCUUAAAAAUUUGCCUACUCCUAAGGGCUUUGUCUAUUAAAUACUCCGAAGUAAAAAUCUUUUCUUAGAAGCUGUUGCGGAAGUUAGUAAUCUUUGCUUAUUUAGGCUACAUAAAAAAGGCAUUAGGAAAAAUUCAUUAACCGGUCACCAAAUCUUGAGGGCUAAAAAUUUGAGACUAUACAAAAUCAUCUGGAAUUGCUCAGCUAAUUUCCAAAAUUGAAAUGUAGCACGGAGAGUGAAAGUUGACUCUGCAGAUGUCUACUUCUACAGGCAAUCCUCACCUUUGAACAGUAAGAAAAGCCCUAUCAUAUAGGACUAUUGGAAAUUCCUGUUGUUUUUUGUCAUUAAAACAUGAUGUGGAAAGUUGGUAACCUGGUUAUGGGAAAAUAAAGUAAAGGUCAUUUGUAUCAUACAAUAACGAUACUUUCUUAUGGAACUAUCAUGGCCAUAAUGGCUUAACAUUGAAGACAAAUAGGUACCUCCACAGUAACUGAUGACUAGUGUGUUUCCUUGUUUUUAAGUCAAGAAAUUUAUAGAAAACCCGGGAUAUUGCUGGCACUCCUGUUCUUUGAUGUGUUAAUGGUGUGAUCACAGGGGCUAAGGUGGAAUGAUCAUCCAGGCCCUUUGACUGGCUUCUCAGACAUCUCAGCCUUUUCAAUAGGCAAGAGUGAAUGCAAUCCAGUGAGCCAGAAAGCCAUGCUUGUCCCUGGAAAUGUCAAUCCGGAUCUUCUGUGCCGGCCUUCAAGACAGCUUCCAGUCUAAGCACGUGUACUCAGGACUCCACCCCGCACAGCCCCUCCACCAAACUUAGAAGCAAGAACAGCAAUAGUUCAUGUCACAUACUUUGGACACAAUGUCAGAGAAGACUAGUCCGUAGGAAAAGACAUUGUAUUUGGUGGAGGGGCAGUGAGACAGAGGAAGCCUCCGGUCAGGUGGGUUGACAGUGGCUGCCACAAUGGGCUCAAACAAAGAGGAACUGUGAAGAUGGCACAGAACCGGCGAAGGUUCAUUCUGUCGGACAGAAGGACAUGAUGGGCCCUAACUACAAAAUGAUCACACAGCUCAUGCAUUUGAGCCGAUGAUUUUUGUGAUAUGUGAAUUAUAUGCUAAUAAUGCAGUGUAAAUGUCUUUUAAAAUAAUUAAAAUAAAGUGAGGGACUGUGGGUCAAGGCUAGAUUAGGCCCACCAUUUGUUUCUUGCACCUUACAUCUGUGUGCUUCUAACUCAGGCCUCAGAAGGUGUUGCUGAUCUAGUCUAGAUGCACCCAUUGAAGAAACCAAAGCCCCCAGGAGGUGACUAACCUCUUUGGUUAUAUUCAUAGAAGCAUAUCCUAGAUUAUUCUAAGAAACUACCCUCACCAGGCGGCUUUGAGAAUCACUUCUUGGGUGGCUCCAGACCACAUUGGAACACACACUCAAAUUUCUUAUGUUGACUACCCUUGUGUUUAGUACAACACCAACUGGGGUAUUCCCUUCACCAUGUGACUUUACUGAAAACCUAACUAAGUGGGCAGUGUAUGUUUAUUCUUUUGACAUCAGCCGUCUGGCAUUUAAUCUCUAGAAAACACACUUGCAGGAUCACACCACAGUCAUGUGCUUCUGCUACCAGUUCCUCUUAGAAUAAGCAAAAUUGCCUACUUUUGACUUGUCUAUUUAUACAUGUAUUCUAGCUUAAACAAGCAAUAGCCCACUCUUUAGAUGGAUUAAAGGCAGUAUUCAGACCUUAUAUCUUGUGUUGAUCUGAGUCAGCUGUAAACAAAAAGCUUGACCAAGAAAAUAAAAAAUUCAAAUUCCCUGACCUUGGGGAAACCAGAAUGGUGGUGGUGAAGUGCCCUAGAGUCAUUUCUAGCUAUAGUGGCCCUAUGUGCAGCAGAGCAAAACACUGCCCCAUCUUGCACUGUCCCCACAAUGGCUCCAGAUUUGAUCCCAUUCAGGUGGGCUAUUUGAAAUCUUAGUACAAAGAUUUUACUCUCAUACUGAUCUUACUGACUCUCAGUGGCAGAGUAAGUUAUUUUUGUAUGCUCAAAAGAGAAAGUAAAUUUCAUCUUGCUUUCACUAUUAAAAUUUCAAGAAAGCCUGUGAUUUUAAAAAAGCCUGUGAUUAAAAUGGUGAUAUGUGACCUACAGUAUUCUUAGGAAAAUUUGCAGUGGGUUGAAGCUUCAUGAUCAAAGAAGUCUCUCACGCAGUACCCAAGGUCUCUGGCUAGGGUAUUGCAGUAAUGUAAGAUAAUAAAAAUUAGGGGAAACAAA